UGCAUUUUGAACUCGAUAGUUUUUUACUUAUUAAAUCGCUUCUAUUACGAGUGGAAUGAAAUUUUAUUUUGCAACCGUGCGUCGAAAAGGAAUAAAAUCCGAGGGGAAAACUCUAUCCUUCCGUAGCCGAAGCGCGCCCUGCACUCUCACACACAUCGAAAGUGCAAACUUGCGCCUGUUGAACGCCAAUAAAUUGAACGCUUAUCGCGUAACAUCGCAAGCUGGACAGGCUUUUUUGGGGCCUGGCUGGAUUCAAUCCAUUGCAAACACUUCACCCGUGAAGUUGAGUGCGUCCUCAGCUCCGUUUUAUUUUUAACAACAUUAACAACAGCAGGAACGGCAGAAAAAAAGCAACAAGGUUUAGUGGUUUUGCGUGUUAGAAUUAAUUUUCGACCCGUCCUUGGCAAUGUCGGAUAAACUGAAGGAACCGCCGGGAAGCAGCCGCGACAGCACGAUGGAAGCGAAGAAUGCGGUCGAGGUCCCACUGGCAGGUGCCGAAGGAAAGCCUAAAAUACCCAACAUAUACUCUCGAUUCGACUGGGAUGUUCUGAAGUCCCAGAAAGGGAUACUGAAGGUGACACAAGUGGUUCUCGGAAUUAUCAUAAUUGGAUUGGAACAUCCUCGUCCACGGAGUCCUUACACGGAAGCUGAUUAUAUUCUAUUUUUCGUCGCAUUCUACGGUACCCUCGCUACGCUUGUGUUUUUGAUAAAUGCACUGCAGAAAACGCAUUACGUGGAAAAGACUUUCGGAUCAAAGUUCUGGUCCGGAUUUGAGCUUCGCUACACCGGGAUAGUAGGGAUUGUGUUUCAAAUUCUUGCCUGCUGGGUUCUGAUUCGUGCCCUCAACUUUUGGUGGGUACCGGAAUUGAACGUGGUGGGAAGUGUUUUCGCGUUCCUAGUUAGCAUUGCGUAUCUAGUCGACUGGUGGCGGCUCUUCAGUGAACAACAGCACGCUUCAACGAAAAGCAAAUCAACGCCUACUGUGGAGCAGAUUGUCGUGGAAACGAAAUAGAUUUAUAGUAACAAUUUGGAAAUCAGAAUCGGUUCUAUAAAACUUCGAAGAAUCAGUAAAUUCUAUUUAUCAAACUUGUCAGAGUUUGGUGAGAGUACAAUUUAAAUGUAAAAUUUUACAAAUUAAGCAAAACUGUGAGUCAUUAAUUGUAUUUAUUUAUUUAUGUAUCAUAAUAAACCAAA